AUGGCAAUCGUAGAAAAAUUCUCAACCACCAUUGAAAACGAUAACGCCGUUCGUCCACGAUUGAAGGUAGUGGACUUCAAUUAUUUAUUUGGAGAGAAAAGACGGCGAUCCCCGUCAUCGUCAGAUUAUGAGUUUUCAAAAAAAUUCAAAACAUGUUCUCCGAAAUACGACGAAGAACCACCGCGUAAGUUUUUGUAUUUCUUCAUUGCGAUAUUAUUUUUGUUCACUAUUGUUGUCCACAACGAUCGCAAUGUUACUAAAUAUUAUUUUUAUAAGUAUACACACUUGAAAACGCACUUUUAUAGUUUUUCAAUUAAUAAUUGCAAAUUAAAAACUUGGAGCAUCAGCCGAUAUUAAAUUUACCGGGGUUCUCAGUGCCAAAUAAUUACACGGAUAGCCGUGUACAUUAAGUAACUGAAUCCUUUUUAAAUUCAAUGUAGAGAGUACACUUACGGUUAGGUAAUGAAAGUGUAUUAUCGAAAUCCGGUUGCAAAACCGACUAUGUACUUAAAAAUACAUACUGCAACUCUCCUCUAAUGAAUUUUCUGAAAUGUGCAGUAUUUCCAUCGCGAAAACCGACUCGUGCGUCUUACGGCCCGGUGUCGUCAGCCACUUACAGCUCGACGGUAUCACCUACGUACAGUCCGGCGUUGUUACCUAUCUACAGCCCGACUGUGUCACCAUGCCCAGCGUCGUCUCCGUAAGUAUCAUCGACAGUACUAUGAGGAUCGAAUGAAAUAUAAUACAAUUGUUCGCACAGGUACAGCAAUAAUGCGCCGUCGCCAUCAGACGUGAAUACGGAAAGUUCGUCUUACGAACCGAUACUUAUGUCAAGCGAUUCGGAGAGUGAAGACUCCGACAGCUGCGAUGAAACGAACAGUCGUACGCGUACUUACAGCGUAAGUUUUACGCCAUACAGCCCGACACACACGCCGUGUAGUCAGGUAUUGUCACCGUACAGUGCGGAAUCUCUGCCGCGGAUUCCGGCGUCUCCGGUAUACAUUCCGGCGUCUCUUUCGCACGGCCCACCGUCACCGUCGUGA